AUGGCCACCCUCGUAGCUCACUCCCAGGAUACCCCCCGCGACCCUGCCUCCCUCUCCCCGGAGCAGGAUGCCCUCCCCGCCAAGAUCAGCGCAUACUAUAGCCUCGUCUUCCCCAGCUUCACCUACUAUCUCCAGACUCUCAAUGUCACGAUUGGUCGGCGUUGCAUCCCUCUCAACACUGCAUCCUCGUCCGACAACCCUCAGGUCGACGUCGACCUCGGUGCUCUGAAGAGCGUGUCUCGUCUUCAUGCCAAGAUUGAAUAUGAAGAAGAAGAGGAGCGCUUCGUGCUUAUUGUCAUCGGACGCAACGGAGCCUGGGUAGACGGUGUCUGGUCGGGAAGUGGCAGCAAGGUCCCGCUCAACGAUAGAUCACAGAUUCAAAUUGCCUCCCGGACCUUCCACUUCAUCCUUCCGCCUCCUCCUGCGCCCGAGGACUCUCCGUCACCGAGUUCUCAUUCCUCUGACAACCGUGCCCGCUCGCGGUCUCCCUCUCUCGACAUCGUCGACGUCACCUCUAUCUCACCGCCGUCCUCUAUCCCGCCAUGCUCACCGCCACCUCCGGCCCCUGUAUCUUCGCCAUUACCUGCUAAGAUACCCCCAUUAUCGGAGGCAUCGUUACCAAACUCCAAUAAUAUCAGUAAAUUCAAGACGAAUGCGAAGAAACGGAAGAAGUCGGACGCUCUCCCGCCGCCUCCGCCUCCUCCAGAGAUUAUGCCUCCGAAGCCACCAUUUACGUACGCUCAGUUGUGCUAUCGAGCUAUCAAGGCUUUGGGGGGAAAGGCGUCAUUGCAAGAGAUUUGUCAAUGGGUUCGCGAGACGUUCGACUGGUACAAGUACUGUGCCAAAGAUUGGGAGAGCUCCGUUCGACAUAACCUCUCGUCGAAUCCUGGCUUCAAGAAAGUAUUGCGAGGCAAGGAAGAGAAGGGGAAGGGAGCUCUCUGGCUGGUCGACGAGGCCUUCGAGCAUAGCUUCGAGGAACAAGAUGCACGAAGGCAGGCAGCGGCCGCGGCCGCCAGCACUGGCGGUAAGGACGGCAAACCCUCAGGUAAGAAGGGAAAGAAUACUGCCUCACUGGAGCCGUUGUUCAAGAGAAGCGUGAAGGGAGAUGUCAAGGGGCCUCUCCCACCGCCACUCACGUCGGCACCGCUGGUAUUCAAGACGAACUCGACGUCGACACCUCAUGUAUAUCCUCCGACUGCAGCAUCUCUUCACGCAUCUUCGUCCGCAUCUGUUGUCAAGCUCGAACCAUCGCCCGCUCCUGAGGUGAAGUUCGAACCAACACAGAUACUAGAGAUGUCCACUGCACCCACGAUGGUCUCGCAGGUAUCCCCACCGUCGGCGCCAGUACGUGCUCCGACAUCGUCCGCCUUACCCACUGCGAAUCCUCCUUCGUCUUCCUCUGUCACACCGUCUAGCGCUCCUGCUAUCCCCGCCACCGUCUGCAUACCUAUCAUCGUCGGCCAUGUUCCACAGUCUUCCACAUCUACCGGCCCGGCUGCCCCUCCGAAGCCCAUCGUCCUGCACGACAAUUCGCUCAUCCUCAACCCCGAGAUCUUCUCUCACCUGACCCCAGAGCACCUCAAGGAUCUGGAAGCGCUCGGUGCGCAGAAGGCGCUUGAGAUUUUGCAGAGCUACAUCGUGCGCUACUACAAGGAGAAGCUCAAAGCCGAGGGUGGGCGUGCGCGGGGGCGCGGCAAGCCGAAGAAGGCAAAGGGUGCGGCGACUGGGGCUGGACUCUCCUGGACAUACAUCGCCAAUGCCGGCCCCGACCGCUCCGCUCAAGCGUCGCCCUCUGCACCAGGACCACCUACCCCUGCGCCGGAAUCGGCACCGUCACCGAUUGUGGUGAUCGACGACGACGAUGACACGGACGAGGGUCCGGCAGCAAAGCGUCGGCGUCUCGACGCACCUCCGCUCCCUCCAUGA